UUGGUGCAACCACAUGCGUCACGUCACUGACGGCUAGUUUCCUACAGUAUUACCUGCCUAGGUACACAGAACUCGACCACACUUCUAUCGUUAUGGGAGUCGUUGCGGAACACAAGUUUGAUAGCCUUCUCAACUUUCGCGAUGUUGGCGCUCAUAUCAAUUCCAUCAUUGGGUCGGACGUUUUGAACACCGGCCUUUUCUUCAGAAGCGCUCGUCCAGAUGAAUGCAGUGCAUCCGAUCGUGAAUAUCUUACGGACGCCAUAAAGAUAAAGACCAUCAUUGACCUUCGCUCUAAAACUGAACAUAUCAAUGCUGCCAAAAAGCGGUCAGAAGUUGGCUUCAAUGCGAGAUCGACCGGUGUGCCUUCGUCCGGUGAAAAUGUCGAUCAAUUACAUCGAUUUCCAGGCGUGCAUUAUGCCAACGUCAAUCUCAAUGGCAAAGGGUUUGAACGACAUCUCAUAUGGCAGUUGAAAUAUACCAGCUUGGUCAAGCUAGUGUUUCUGAUGGCUCUAGGCUACCGCACUGAGGGUAUCUCAGUGCUGGGACGAGAAUUGAUGCAGCCUCGUGGACUCAUUGGCCUGGGUCUAGAUACUCUCGAUCAUAGCGGCCCUGAAGUCAAAGAAGUUUUCGAUGUCCUUGCCGACGAGAAUGCGUGGCCUAUCAUGGUGAACUGCACACAAGGCAAAGAUAGGACAGGCAUGGUAGUGCUGUUGGUCCUCCUCCUCUGCGAUGUCAGGGCGGAUGCCAUAUCGAAGGACUACGUCAGAUCCGAACCAGAACUGGAGCCUGAAAAGGCGGCGAGAAUGAAGGAGAUAUCGAGCAUUGGACUGGAUGAAUCAUUCGCUGCCUGUCCCCCGGACUUCUGUGAAAAGGUCGCCCAGCAUCUUGACUCUAUAUACGGCGGCCUUGACAAUUACCUUGAUAAGAUUGGAGUUACCCCGGAUCAAAAAGACUGUAUCAGGGGAAUAUUGAGAGUCCACCCAUGAAAGACACAUGGCAUCCUCGAUGAUAAAGGUCAACUCACCAGAGCAAUCGCAAUCGCGAAUUGGCGACAUUGAGGUCGACAUCAAGCCUCAUGAAAGAGUGAUUGGCUCCACAAGCAUGAAUUCCCAGCACGAGAGCAACCAUCCCUCUCAGUAGGGUAGAACAUGAAUUUCUAGCCCCUGGGACCGACCCCGGAUUACGAAAAGCCACUGUCUCAAAACGGAGUAGGACCUCUUUGCUUUGGUCAGCAUCGGUUUGCUUACAAGACCACUCUUAUUGGGCCAUUGAUUCGAAUCCUACGAUAAAUCCAUCCUUCUAAGCGACGUACCGAUAGAACCAUGCACUUUGCAUAGCGGUGAACGGCCGGCGAAGAAACACAAGGUUCACUGGACUGAGAAGAAGUUGACCUUGUUGAAGUAGCAUCCUGUGGUAUUUCAGACUUGGCUACAUAUAGCAAACGCCUGGUUACGAGUACAUACUACAUUGAUCAAUAAUGGGUGACUAAGUCGAUGUCGGUUUUUGCAAAAGCCCCCGAGGAAAUAAACCGG